GAGCACGUGUCCAUAUCGUGCACAUUUGAUAUCGAUCGCUAGGUAUUGACUAAUUUACCGGUGUUUUAAUAAUUCGCCGGUUGUCGUACACAUUUUGUUCCAAUACUUCAGUUAUAAUACAUCGGGGAUAUUAUUCUGCAUUUAGAAAGUUGAAAGAGGAUUCAGAACUCCAGUGUUUAGUAAUGAGUGAUAGCAAGGAGAUAGCGGUGGAGAUUCGUGGGAGCCAAGAAUCUCUAGGAGAUUCAGUUCAUAGCAUGGAUUCUUCCCCACCGAAAGAGAACGGUCCCCUGAUAGAGCAGCCCCUUCCCCCUCCCCUGCAGAAUGGAACCCCAGGGACUCCCCCGCCAAAUGUCGGCAACGGACCUUCUUUGUCACCCACCUUCCAGAUCGUUGCGCCCCAUCAAGAUUACCUACACAUCUCUGCUCCGACGUCUCCUGCCCAACACCACACUCGCAUCCGAGUACACAAAGGAGAUUCAAGCUCUGCAAGCUCCUCUGACGAAGAUAAACCCCAUGUGCCUUACCCAAAGACUGCUUCAACCCCCAAUAUCCAUGCCAACAGCUUGGCUGUGGAAGGGCUGAACGGGAUGUCUGGACCGGUCACACGGUCAGUGUCCGCUUCACCUGGCAAGAGGCCACUGGGAAUGAGUAAGAUGGAAGUUCGUAUGAGAGGGCUAUCAGGUUACGACAUGGCAACACAUAGUGAUUCCGAUAUCGGUAAGACUUUUCUUUUUUUUCCCCCUUCUUUUCGUCCAAAAACGCUCACAAUUAUUUGUUUAUUUUAUCUAUUUUUACAGGUUAACUCUUUCCCACCAUUGUUGGUGGUCGCAUAAAACCCAUAUCUGGAAAGUAGCAUUUAUUCAAUACACGUUUCUUUAAUGAUGGAAGUCUCAGAAAUAAAGACAAUAAGUUGUUUAUCUGUUUUUCAUUUAGAUGAAUGAAAACAGAAGUCAUUGUAGAACAUUCAUGCCAAUAAAAAAAGAAGCAAAUCUUCAUGCUAAUAAUAAUUUUAAAAGACAGUUCUUCUACGACAGUCGUUCGGAAAUUCAGUGGCACAUGUACAUGUAUACAGGUGCAUGUAAAGAGUUUCAUGUAAUUAUGAUGAAUGAUAUCUUUGGAGAUGUGAAUUGGUCUUGAUCUGCACGGUCAGCUGUCUGCCUUCGCAUACAUUUACUAAUUGAGCUACUGACCCUGGCUGAUAGACUCCUGUUCAAAACUGAGUCGUGUCUUUCUGAUGGUUAAAGCCCCCACUCCCCAGACGUAUUAAAGUUCAUUGACUGAUACAUGUCUGUGAAAUCUCAAUUACACACAAACACACACACAGGCACGCAGGCUCUCGAAUUUGACAAGUCUUGAUCAAACUUUUUCCGCUUAAAACAAAUAUUUUGUGAA